UAGGUGCCUGUGCUGGAGGAGUUCCAAGAGGAGAACGUAGGCGAGAUGAGCGUGUCAGCAGGAGCAUGUGUGGUGGUAGUGGAUCGGAAUGUGGGAAGAGGUUGGAGUCUGUGUCGGUUGUUGGAGUCGGGCAAGGAAGGUCUGGUACCAACAGCGUUUCUUGACAUGCAAGCUGCUGUUCCUGUCCGUGGCCUCGCGCUCAAACGUCGUCUUCAAAGGCCAAGGCGAUCUUCUUCUUUGUCGGGGGAAAAGGCUCUGGCGGCGGCAAAGGCUAUCACAGCGACUGCCAGAGAUGCGCCGGGCUUCACCUCGUCUACCCCGGCUCCCCUGGCUGUCAAGCCUCCAUCGGCUAACUCCUCGCCCUCGGGCUCGUUGAGGCUCAAGCACUCAAACUCAAAGGGCUCGCUGAGGAGUUCUUCUUCCACCGGUACGCUUCUGGAUCUGGCUGCUCUCUCGCUCGCCGAUGUCGCUCAGGACCGCGCCGCAGAGCCGCACUCGACCGCUCCGCCCGCUCGCCAACCAGCUGCUCCAAGCCAGCCGGCCAUGCCCAGCUCGCUCUUGGACCUCUUUGGAGGCCCGACUCCGAGCCCGACAACCGCCACCGUGCCGCCGCUGUCAUCGGCCUCGCCCGCUGCGGUACAGUUUUCAGCCUUUGCCUCUGCCGCCGCCUCGGCUCCGGCCCCGGCUCCGGCUCUGGCUUCCAGCGACAUGACCGAGGACGACUUUUUCGCCGCCCUCAACGCAUGACCCCCCCUCCCCGCGCACUAUCCAUCGUUGCCGGCCGGCAGCUCAGUGGCGGGGAGCGCAUCGGCGA